ACUAGCAGAAUGCUGAACGAUUUCCAAACUCCAGCUUUAGGCGGGGUGAAAGGCAAGAACCCCAUGUGAUUAUUCAAAAAUACAGAAGGAGGGACGAAUGUGUGGUAAGACUAGCAUUUUGGAAAAAUAUAGCUAAGUAAAGCAGAAACCAGCAGCCACCAGUGUUUCCAGUCUCUUCAGCAUCAGGAGGAUGGAAGAAAGAACAACAUUGGCUCCACAUAAGAUGGAGAUUUCAUUAGUCCUACUGUUCCUGGGCCACCUAAUGGUGCUCACCCACGGCCAUCCCAUCCUAAAAGCACCAGAGACUGUGAUAGGGACCUGGAAAAGGGAUUUGACACUUCCCUGCAUCUAUGUUCCCCUGAGAGGCUACAGUCAAGUUUUGGUGAAAUGGCUGGUACAGCGUGGAUCUGACCCAGUCACCAUCUUCCUACGGGACUCCUCAGGAGACCAUAUCCAGCAGGCAAAGUACAGAGGCCGCCUAAAAGUGAGCCACAAGAUUCCAGGGGAUGUGUCUCUCCAACUGAAUGUCCUACAGAUGGAUGAUAGGAGUCACUACACAUGUGAGGUCACCUGGCAGACCCCUGAUGGAAACCAAGUGAUGAGAUACAAGAUUAUUGAGCUCCGUGUCCAGAAAUACUCCUCCAAUCCACGUAUAAUCAAUACUGAACCACUUCCAACCGUGCAAUCCUCUUUGGAAGCAGUGACUAGCAUGAAAUCAACGUGUGACUGGACCACUACGGUGAGUGGAAAACUUGAAGAGACCACAGCUGCCUCAGUGAAUGGAAAACGUGAGAGGGCCACACCUGACCCAGUGAAUGAGAAAACCAUUGCUGGCCCAAGAAAGAACCUGACAAUCUCUGCCAUCAUCUGCAUCGCCGCCCUUUGCUGCAUAGCGGUUGUCACCAUGGCUUAUGUCAUGUUCUGCUGCAAAACAUUCCAACAAGAGCAUGUCUAUGAAGUGAGCAGGGUGUGUGCCAGGGAAACCAGCAACUCUGAAGAAACAACCUUCGCAAAUGGGUACUUCAAUGUUGCACCAGAUUCCCAUGCUCUGGUCAAUGAGUAUUCUGAUGAGCCCUGCCUGGAACAGGAGUACCAAACCACCAUCCAGUCAACAAUGACUAUUCCUGCCUGCUGCACACAGUUCCCAGAAACUCUGAAGUACUUGCUACUGAAGACAAUAGCAUCUGCUAAAAUGUCCCACUAAGUGAAGGUCUACUAACAUAAUUGCCUAUGACUUAAUCUAUUCUUGCCUUCAGUGUAGCUUUCUUUCUUGCUUCCUUUAUUCCUAGAUAACCUAAAGUAUCAACUCUGACAGUGUUGGGGCCACCAGGAAAUCCUGGUUUGGCUAAGAAUUUACUUAUACACCUCAAGAAAUCUUGCUUCUGGGUUUAGCCUUGGACCCUUCUAUGUUCUAGCCUAGGGCCUCCACAACUCCUGUGCAAACACCAGAGAAAUUCCCAUAGCAUUAGAGUUUUUUCUUCAUGUCUCAAGGCAUCACCAGAAAAUCAGAUGAGGCUCAGUCUUACCAACUCAAACAAUCAUCUAUGUCCAUCAUUGCAUCUCUUUCUCUGUGGGGAAGGGUACUUUUGAUUAAUACUGCUAAAUCACAGGUCAAGGUAGAGUUCUGUUCCUACACCAUGAAUCUAAUGCUCCUGUAUUGUUUUAGUGUUAAUAAUAAUAAAUGUUUAAACAUGA